AUGUCGUCCAACGGACCGAUGCCGCCAGGCAUACCAGGUGUAGUCUUACCACCGAAUGUGCACGAGACGCGAACUCUUGAAGCGAUUGCAUCGAUGACACCCUUUGCUGCUCUAGCAAUUCUUGCAGUGGCAUUGCGGUUCUACUCUCGCAGAUUGAUCAAAACCUACUAUGGCCUCGAUGACCAACUGUGUCUAGUAGCCUUGAUCUUCUCCCUUGGUAUUUACGCAAACGCAUUGAUGAUGGUAUACUAUGGAUCUGGCAGACAUCUUGCAGUUGUAUCCAUAUUCGACAGGACUGCUUACUUCAAGUGUCUGUUUGCGUUCCAAAUCGGUUAUGCUCACGCAAUCUUCUUCAACAAGAUUUCUAUGUUGAACCUCUAUACGCGAAUCUUCUCUACAAAAAGCUACAAGAUCUCGGCAUGGGUGGUAGAGGGUAUGGUAUUUGCUUGGUACAUCGCGGUAGUCGGUGUCUCUAUAUUCAGUUGCUACCCUAUACAAGGAUUCUGGAACAAAGCAAUGGUACCUCCGGCGAAAUGUAUCCGGACGAAGUUGUUCUUCGUUGGAAAUGCGAUGCCAAACCUUGCUACGGACAUGAUCAUCCUUAUCUUGCCCAUACGUGGCAUUUGGGCCCUUCGACUGACGAUAUCUCAAAGGAUCUCAUUGUCAUUUUUGUUUCUCUUGGGCAGCUUGAUCCCAGUUGCCAGUGCGGUACGCUUUGCUGCACAGUUCGGUGUGGAUAAGACAGAUUUCACAUGGACCAUGCACGACACAGUCAUCUGGACAUCGCUACAAACUAGCAUUGGGAUAAUCUGCGCUUGCCUACCAACGCUUCGCCCACUUCUACAGAAGUUCUUAACCAAUUCUAAACGCCGUGGCUCUGAGCAGCACCACGAGAUGUCAAAGGGAUCAGGGACUUUUGGCCCGUUCUUCAAAGAUCCGUUUGAGAUGGUGACAAUAAUAUGCGCGGAUGAUUCUGAAGCGGCGCCACUCGCACCACCAGGUCGCAUACGGGCGGAAACGCAGGUUGAGGUUGUUUACUCUUCGAAGGACAACAUCUGA